GAUUAACCGCAAACUCUUCUUUGUUAAUGGCUUAAAAUUUAUUGCUCUCCGACCAGCGUGCUUGUAAACUGUAGCUGCUUGGAAUUCAGUUUAGCUUUUUAUGUAAUUAUAUAACAGUUGGGAUUUGACGGGCUCAAAUUUUCACUUCAUCAGUUUUAGUGUUGACAGAGUGGAAAAUUUUGAAUCACUUUUGGCGACGUGUAAUUUUAAUUUCUCAGAUCAGUCUUCUUCCAUCCGUGCUCGUCCUAUGUGAAAAGUGUCAGAGUUUCUUUCUGAGUGUUUCUUUAUUUUAGAGUUUGAUCAUCACUUCUUGCACUUGGAUGCAAACGGCCACUAGGUACUUUGUCCAGGACCAUUCUUUUAUUUCCGUUCCGCAAAAUGACAGACAAGGAUCUAAAUUCGGACUUUCAGAGCCCAGGAAAAGUGAGUUUUGCGGCGGAACAGACGACGGAAUCGGAAAUUCAAAAAUUUUUUAUCGGUCAAAAUGUGCUCAUCACUGGUGGGACAGGAUUUCUCGGAAACGUGCUCAUCGAAAAGUUGUUGCGGUGUUGUCCAGGUAUCAAUAAAAUUUACCUUGCUGUGCGACCCAAAAAAGGCAAAAGCAUUUCCGAGCGUAUGGCAAAUAUGUUUUCCAAUCCGCUAUUUGCCGUAUUGCAUGCAGAAAUGCCGGACGUUCUGAAAAAAGUGGAGCCUAUCCACGCAGAUUUAGAGCGCGCUGACUGUGGAAUGACUGAGGCAGAUCGGACGCUUUUGGAGACAGAAAUCAGCGUUGUGUUCUACACAGCCGCUACGGUGAAAUUUGAUGCGCCCCUGAAGACGGCCUUGAACAUUAACACAAGGGCCACCAGAGAUCUUAUUAAACUGGCCCAGCGAAUGAGAAAUUUAAAGGCUUUCGUACAUGUAUCUACAGCAUUUUCAAACUGCAUACGGGAUACGAUUAUGGAGAAAUUUUACGCCCCUAGACUGACAGGAAACGCAGCGAUUUGUCUCACAGAAGGCGUCGAUGAAGAUUUGAUGGCUGAACUAGCUCCAGUCUUGAUGAAGCAGUGGCCAAAUUCGUACGUUUUCACAAAAAAUCUUGCUGAGGAUGUGAUCAGAGAAAUGGGAGAAAAUAUGCCCCUGGCCAUUUUGAGACCUGGCAUCGUUAUAUCGACAGCCAGGAGCCCUAUCCGGGGGUGGAUCAACAACCACUACGGACCCACCGGAGCGGUGGCUGGAGCAGUUUGCGGGGUACUCAGAGUUUUUCAAGCGAACGGAGACUGCGAUGCUGAGAUAGUUCCUGUUGACUACGUUGUCAACGCUAUCAUUACAUGUGCCUGGAAUGUUGGAACCGAGUGCAUUUUACAUAAGAGAAUCGAGACCAGCAGAAGGACACAAGAAAGCAACCAGUGCAGUUUUCUCGAAGAUGUUGGAGGGAUCCAACAAAUGAAAGACGAUCAAUCGGAGAACUCUGAGGAGCGCAAAGAGGAGACAUCUCCUAUUCCGAUCUUCAAUUACAUCUCAUCGAAUAAAAACAGAAUAAAGUGGGGAAAGUUUUCGCGCGAACUCAUCGAAAAUGGAUCGAAAUACCCUCCAAAAUCAGCGGUCUGGUGUCUCUCAUUCAGAAUUAUACCAAACACGUUUCUAUGCCUACUUUAUGCCAUAAUGCUCCAUUUUAUCCCAGCUUUUAUAAUCGAUAGCUACCUUACUCUCAUAGGUGAAAAAGCAAGAUUCUUCGAUUUAUACCGAAAACUCCAUAAAUUUUCCACACUCCUUUCAUUCUUCAGCUUAAAGCAGUGGGAGUACCAAGACGAAAAUGUGAAAAAGUUAUGGUCAAAAUUAAGCGCCACUGAUAAAAAUAUAUUUUAUUUCGACUUAAAAGACCUUGUUUGGGAGGAAUAUUUUCGUGACUACAUGCUUGGUCUUCGAAAGCACUUGCUGCACGAACCAUCAGAAACUGUCCAACAGGGCCGUAAAAAGAGAAAUUGGUUUUUGGUGGCUCACUACACGUUGGUGCUGUUCGGCUGCUUCAUCUUCGCUUGUCCUCUAUGGUACCUCUACAACAAUCUGAAAUGAUGAUAUUGGAAAGCCGUGCAUGCGUACGCUCAUGCAGACAGAUCACAAACGCGGGAUUUGAAAUGGAUUUUAUGGGUUCUCUAGGAAUAACCGUUAGAUUUUUUUUACAAAUAUUUCAUGAACAGCAUUGUUCACUAAAAAGAAGAUUAGUCCCGCAUAAAGUUGGCACAUACCUCGAUUUGGUGAAUUUAAAAUCCUACUUUUCCAAUUCCUCAAAAUGAAUCAUUAAAUUGUUUCUUAUCCAACUCACCACAAGCACACCUCAUCUUCGCCACCCGCAAAAAUUUCUGUUUGGUAGAAAUACGUCCAAUUGAGAAUGUACCGGUACAAUGAUGGAAAAUAUUGGCAGACUUCACCAUUUCUACACGCUGUAUUUCACACAGCGUGAAUUCAAAGUCGAUUCUGCCAGAGAAAUGGUUACCUGUACCAGGAUAUUGUAACGUUUACCUGUCUUCGGGCAGAAUUCACUCUGAGUUGACGCUGUGUGAAAUACAAAGUGAGGGAAUGGUAAAUUCUACCAAUCUUUUUUUUUCAGUGUGCAUUCUCAAUCGGACGUAUUUUUACCAAACAGAAAUUUGUGCGGGUGGUAACGAUGAGGUGUGCUCGCGGUGAGCUGGAUAAGAAACAAUGUAAUGAUUCCUUUUGAGAAAUGGAAAAGUAAGAUUUUAAAUUCACCAAACGGAAUGUAUGUGCCAACUCUGCCGUGAUAGCGAAGAGAGCCGUAAGUGCAAAAAUGAAGUUUUGAGAAAACGGGCUCAGAAGCUUCAGACAAGAUCAUUUUAUUGAAAGAAGCCUCCGUUCUUUGUC